AUGGCAACCGACGAAAUCGCGCAGUUGCGGGCAGAAAUCGCGGAUUUGACGCACAAAUUAGAGGAAGCUGACGAUGCCAAAACACAAGCUGGUCUAUAUGGUCUACAAUUGGUGCAGGAGAAGGACAUUCUUGAGCAACAAAAAGUGGAAUUGACAAGAGAUAAAGAGACGUUGCAACAAGAGUUGGAGACCUAUAAGGAGGUAAGGGGAGUUUUUUGAUUUUUUUGGAUUUUAGGGACGUUUUUGAGAAAAUACUAGAAAUUUUUUGACCGCAAAUGAUUUUCAGUUAAUGACAUUGAAAUUAUAGGGAAUUGUGUGUUAUUUACAAAAAGAAAUGGCAUUUUAUCAUUAACAUCACAAAAGUUAUGACAAUUUGAUUUUUUUGCACAAUUUUUAAAUUUUUGAAAUUUAGGUAACAAAAUUUUCAAAAUUUUGUUUUUGCAUUUUAACAAACAUGUUAUUGGCUAGAGUUUCAUAAAUUUUUAGUUUAUUUCAUUAGUUAUUUCAAAAGUUAUAGAUUAGUUAUUUUAGAAACGUCUUGUUUUUAUCUUACCUUGAGGUACUCAAAUGGCCAUAACUUUUGAUAUCAUCAUCAGAUUUGUUUAAUUUUUAGCCAAGUACUACUAAAAAGACUAUUGUUUGCCCACACCAUCUUUCAGCUUAGUCAAAUUUCAAAAAAUUAUAAAAAACCUAUAUUGUAGGCCCUGCACAAGUACCGUGAUGAACAUCGAAACGCCGCAAUUUCGGAGCUUCAUCAUGAAGCCGGCUUGUACGAAGAAAAAGAGAAGUUGGAAACAGAAUUUCAAGAAGCUGUAAAACAGUACGAAGAAAAGAUAAAGAAUUUGAAUCAAGAAUUGGAGCGAAAUAAGGCGGAUAUCGAGAGACUGCAGACAGUGGAACAAGAACAGGCGAGACGGUUGGAAGAUGUGGAGGAACAGAGGAGAUUGUACAAAGAUGAGUUGAAGGUAGGAUAGUUAUAAUAAAUUUUUGUGGCUUUUAUAGACAGAUCUUAACUUUUUUUAAAUAUUUUAAAAUUAUUUUUCUUGCACGGUGCAAAAAUUUUUAUUUUUGGCGAUGUGACAAUUCAAGAUUACUUUAGGUAACAAAUACUACUUUAUUAUUUAUUUUAUACUUGUAAAAAGCUAUUAAAACUCAUUUUGCUUCAAUUAGUUGGUAGAUAAUGUCACAAUAAUUUUUUAAAAAAUGAUUGCACUGUGCAACAAGUUUUCUUUUUAUCAUUGUGCCGUUUUAAAUUUAUUUUAGGUAACAAAUGCUAUUUUAACUUUUAGUAAGUUCCUAUAAACUAACUUUAAAAUUAAUUUUGAUUUGAUAGUCAAUUAAAUAAUGGCACGGUGAAUUUUUGAAAAAUGACUGCACCGUGCAAUCUUAAAAUUUGGUUGCACUGUGCAGACUAAAUAAAAAAAAGUUUUAUAUGCUGGUUUUGAUAAAAAUCAAUUUUUUAGAAUUUUGAAUUUGCAGAUUUUAAAUUUUGUAACUUCAAAAAUUUUUAAAAAAUUUAUUUUUGAAUUUUUUCUUAUGAAGCAAAAAGUCUUAAUUAACACUUUUCAGGACCUAAAAGACCGUGAACAAAAGUUAGUAAACGAGAACAAUGACCUAGAAGAAGAGAACGUGAACCUUCAAAAGCAGGUGUCAAAUCUAAAAGCGGCUCAAAUUGAGUACGAAAACCUUAAGGUCGACUUCACUCGAGUACUGGAAGAAAAUGACCACCUGCGGUCACAGGAUGACGAAAACCGCCGAUUCCAGGAAAUGUACGAAAAACAGAUUGAGGACAGUCUGGAACAGGCUAAACACGAGCGUGAACUGAGACAUUCAGUCCAGAAGGAGCUUGAGCACAUGAAGAAUCAGGAGCAAAUGUCCAAUUUGAACAGCUUGUACAUGAGCUUUUCGGCCGCCAAAGCUGACAACGAUGAGGAGAGGGUGAAUGAGCUGGAACGGUCAAUGAUUGCUGAUGCUCCGCUGGAAUCCAUCAAGAUCGAGAAGGGCAAUGAUCUGUUCAGUGAGAUUCAUGGCAGUGAAAUCGCCAAGUUGCAAGAGGAAAAUGACAAUUUGUCAAAACAGAUCGAGGACUUUAAGGAAAAUGUUGGAAGAGCGUUGUCACCGCUGUUGCAGAAGUUGCAGAUCACUGGGUUGACUGGUAGGUUAUGGACAGAAAGUUCUUGCCAUUUUUUGUUUUGGAAAGAAAGUUCUUGCCAUUUUUUGUUUUGUAAUGAAAGUUCUUGCCAUUUUUUGUUCUGUAAAGAAAGUUUUUGCCAUUUUUUGUUUUGUAAAGAAAGUUCUUGCUAUUUUUUGAUUUUUGAAGACAGUUUUUGCCAUUUUUUGUUUUGGAAAGAAAAUUUCUUCAAUUUUUUAAUAUUGUUACCUAAAAUAUAAUUUUUUAGAUUCCGGAGACAUUGAAAAACUAAAACAGAUAAUUCACGACGCUGUAGCCAAACUUGACGACAAAUUUAAGGCUGGCACACCAGACAAAGCCACAGAGCGUAAAGUUGAGCAACUCAAGUCGGAUCUUCGCAACAUUAUCUUAUCAUUGGGUACCAAAAACGCCCAGCUGGCGGCGGCCCAAGACCGUUUUCUUCACUUAGGCGAGUAUCUAGCUCAAAUCUACGCCGAAUUAGCGGCGAACGGCGGCGAAGACGAGGAACGACAGAAAAAAGUUGCCGCAAUUCAGCAAACCAUCCGCAACUUGGCCAAACGCAACGCCGAAGCGGACGAAAACGAGGAUUCUGGCGUUGAAAACUCUGAAUCCGAUCGUGACACAAAAUCCCCUAAAGGGCUACCGGUCGUAAACUCGUCGCGCAUUUUGUUGUCGCAAAAGUUGCUGAACGAAAUUGCGACAAAGUUGCAGAGCGGCGUAACACUGGCCGAGGUGCUGAACGAUUCUGAUAAGAGAGAGAAGUUGGCGGAAGAACAGGAAGACAUGGUGAAGAGCUACGACGCUUUCCAGGAGGUCAUGAAGGUGCUACGACAAGCUACGGACAACGUGGUACAGAGUAAAAUGGCUAUGGAGGAUAAGGACAAGGCGGAGUUGUGUCAGCAGAUCAGCAAGUUGAAGAGUUUGUUGAAUGUGAAGAGAGAACAAGUCAGUUCGUUGAGAACGGUGUUGAGGUCGAACAAGAGUGUCAAUGAGAAUGCCCUCCAGUCAUUGAAGUCCAAGUUUGAUACUGAAAAGAAGAUCAAGGAUGAGACGAUCGGUCAGUUGAGGAAGGAGCUGAAGCAGUUUAAAGAAGAUGCUGCUACGUUUGCAUCGAACAGAGCUAUGCACACUGCUAGAAAUGAGGAGUUACAGGCACAGGUAAGCUGAGAAAGAUGGGGUUUGUGAUAAAAAUUUGGUUGUAAAGAAAGUUUUUGCGGUUUUAUAAUCUAAAAAUUGAGCUUUUUAAACUCAGAAGACAUUGUUCUGCAUUUUUCAUGUUAACCACAUUUAAAAAAAACCCGUACCAAGUUUAAAAACUCAAUACUUUCAGAACGAACAACUCCGCAAGAAGCUGGCUCACGUUGAGGAAGAGAAGAAGACGCUAAAUCAAUUGUUGCGAAUGUCGAUUCAACAAAAACUGAAUGCUACACAACGUCUGGAGGAGUUGGAAAUUGACCGUGAACGGUCCACUUUCAAACGUCCAAUCAGACAGCCGCCAGCCCCACAGCCACAGCGUGAGGUUCGAGCUGUUCGGUACCCACAAAGCGGAGGUGGCAACCAGGCCAGUAACAACCAAACGUCGCCUCGGGGCUCGCAAAAGUAA